AUGACCCUCGAAAACGACGCGGUCGCUGGUGCCACCAUUGAGCUCCUCGAGACCCGUCUCCGGCGCCUCACAUACCUCUUGACCGGCGAUGCAAACUGGACUGGCAAUCCCACGCCGCCCGCAAAGCCCGCAUCUCUGGACGACAGCGUCUCGCGCCGUCUUCUUCGCCUAGAGAGGGACCUGGAAAAGCUGAGCAGAAACAUCCCCGCCGUCAGGGACGUUCUCAGUCUUCACGACCGCUUCCCCGACCUCUUCCGCCAAACACCUUCCAAAUCACUCCCUGAAAGUCUAUCGACGCAAAAUCUCGCCUCGAUUGUCUUAUCCUACGCUUCCACAUUCCCCGAAACCGCGUCUCGACUUACUUCAUUGAAUGACCUCCCCAUCCCGAAUGCCGAGACUUCAGCGUCGCUUAUCCAGCUCCAACCACGACUUGACCAGUUGGCGCAGACUCAGGAUGACCAGGCCAAACAAAUCUCCGAGCUACGUGUACGGUCUGCUCGAGUCUUGCAGCGAUGGUAUGAAGUGGCGCUGGUUAGUGGCGGUGAAUGCUGGGCCGAAUGGGAAGGAAGACUUGAGGAUGUGGAAAGGGAGGUCAAACGGGAGGAAGUGGUGAGGGAGCGGCGAGCGAAGGAGCUGUGA